CCAAACACGUUAAGCAAGUAUUUUAUAAACCUCUUGACAAAUGUCUUCAUGUUUUGACAACAAACCUCUACUAAUACUACUUAGAUGUGAAUAUUCACACCCUCCUGUCUAUGGGGAAAAUUUGAAGCUACCACAAGCAGCAACUCCAAAACAGGAAUCUCCUGGCCAAGAACUAAUCUCCAACACCAACUAUGAAACAUCAUUCUAACACUAUUGUACAUUAACUCAUCAAGCAAUAAUGGACAAAGAUUUACCGGCACCUGAAGAAGAGGGUUGGCCCAACGUGUUCAGAGGCUAUAAGAGCGGUGACGUGGAGGUGCGGCGUCACACAGGUGAGCCUUCACAUUCUCAUGACUCCACUCUCAGCUGCCUCAGGACACUGCUUCACUGCAGACGCAGGAGUUCACCUCAGACGGUAAAAGAUUCUGGCGUCUCAUCACGGUGUUCUCUCUUCACAGAUUGUCCUCACAGUACUUUGACAGAGAUGGAGAUGAUGGCCUAUGUGACUGAGAUCCGGCUGAGUGGAGGCUGGAGCGGAGUGGCUCCCUCCUCCUGCCCCGAGGUGGAGCUGGAGGUCAUCGAGGAGUACCUGCAGGAGCAUUCACUGGAGGUCCAGCAUGCACACAUGCCGGCCUCACCUCAGAGCACCACGGGGCCCCAACCGCACACACUCCUCCACCAGGGCGGCAGGAUCAUAGAGAACAGCUGGUCGGGUCAGCAUGCUUACGAGUGGCACUGUGGCUCCAACCCUCCCUAUGAGGAGUAUGAAGAGCAGGCCCCGCCUCCAGCCUGGCCUUGUCCCCACGACAACCAAUGGGAGCACAUCACGUAUUCCUACGAGGCCCCUGCGUACAUUGACUCAGACUCUCAGUCCAGCUGCUCUCAGUACCAGGAAUACCAAGAUUCACCUUCACCGUCGUCGGACAGGGAGAGCGGGAAGGACAGAGACUCCCUGACUCUGGCACCAUUUUCAGCAGGAAAGAGGAAGGAGCGGUUGUUCCAGUUCCUGUUCGAGAUGCUCCAGACGCCGUCCAUGCGCAGCUGCAUCUGGUGGGUCCAGUCCUCCUCGGGCACCUUUCAGUUCUCCUCCCAAAACAAGGAGCGCCUGGCGCAGCUCUGGGGCCGACGCAAGGGGAACCGCAAGACCAUGACCUACCAGAAGAUGGCACGGGCGCUGAGGAACUACUCCCGCACCGGCGAGAUUCAAAAGGUGAAGAGGAAGCUCACGUAUCAGUUCGACGAGAAGACACUGAGAGGCCUGCGAGGAGACUCCAACAGAGCGUAGGAAGUGUGAUGGCGAGCCCAGAGAGAGAAGAAGCACACUGGAUAUUCAUAGACAAAACCUCUGUAAUGUCCUUUCUUCUGAUUCAUGUCUAAACAAAUGAAUACUGAGUAUUUGAAAAGCCAGUCAGAGUCAGUCAGAACUUUCUGUAGAUACAGAACCAUUUAGGAAUAAGUUCAUAUCAGGACUGGAAAUUAUGAUACUGGCACAAUGAUGCAAAUCUAUGUAAAUCUAAAAGGUUGUUACGUCAUAUCUACUUUAUAAGUAGAACUUAAAUAAAAUACAAUAAACAUAUUUAAAAAAUAAAAA